GUAAAAUAUUUUUCAUAUGAAAAUUUCGUCUGCAUUCUAAAUUACAGAAUUUUCCAGGCACCUCUAUAUCUCAAUUUAAAUACAAGGCACAGUCCUGUUACCAAAUCAGCCUUUUCUCAUUUAUGUAGAUUCUCAUUAAACAACAUCUUAUAAAAUAUGCGGGACGUUACCAAAAUCGAAACAAAAACCAUCAAAACUAAUGGUCAUUGCACUGUCCCGCUAGUGGGCACCCCUAUUUUCUUUUCCGAACGCCGUAAGACCAAAACGUUUUCUUCCUUCUCCGUCAAUAAUGCCUUUAAAUCCUUACGGCUUAAAAGGCGAACCAAAGAAAAUGAUUUUGAGGAAUCCGCGUUACCAUUCACCACGAAGGCUAACGGAGUUAAGCUCAAACACGAACGCAAUAAUUGCACAUGUGGCGAUAAUAAUGAAUGUGAUUAUAAAAACGUUUCUAUUAAUAAACCAUCCAUCUUUAGCGGCCUUCUCAAGUUAGACAACCUGUUUUACACUCCGACUAUUAACCAAAACCAACCUAGAAAAACGACUCCCACAAUUUGUAAAUCAAAAGGUAGCCACCUACCACAACCUUCAGAUUUCCGCAGUAUUUCCUCGAAAAAUUUGAAUGCGUCUCUAUCCUAUUCCAAUAUCAACGCUUUAAAGAGUUCCCCGCGUCCGAAUAAAAAGGCUAUGAAUGCUAAUUACAAGGAUAGUUGCGACAACGAAACAACCAGCCGUGCUAGAAAGUCAGCCGAACCUCGCAUAAAUUUCUGGGUUUACAGGAAGAAUGUCUGCAAUAAUCGAAUCGCUGAUCAUCGCAAGAAUGAUGCCAAUAAAAUAGCAGGUUUGCCGAAAAACGAGGAUAACAAAAUAAUGGAUGACGUUUACCGGAAAUCGAACGAUGAUUCUAGUUUGAAGAAUGACAAAACAAAGGGUGAUCACGAUAUUUACCGUUCUUUAAGAUAUUCGAAGUCAAGUCGUUUAGAAAGCGUUAUCAACGAAGCACCUACUUUACCAUCCUUCCCUAGGCCUAAUCAUUUAGAACCACCUCCGCCUCCUGUCAUUGCUACUCACAUAUUAGAUUCUUCUUACCAUUCGCGAGACCAAUACGAACGCUUAAAUUGCGAUGAAACAACCAAUAAGGAGAAUAAGAAAGAUCGGGUUCAGAAUUGUAGCGAAAUGGAGAAACAGCAACUUAACCAUAUGCUCAGAGUUUUAGGUGAUUACGACCCGCCCACGAAUAAUAACACCUAUUUACAAAACAAUUAUUCAACACACCAGAUUAUUAAAAAUUCUUUAAACAUUGAUGAAUCAAACACACUUUCCAAUUCCAUUGAGGAUUAUUACGAUGAAACUUAUAGCAUGAAUCGCACCCAUACCGAUAGCACGAACUGUAACGAUUGUUACGAGAGCAAGGUGUCAAAAGAAAAUGGAUUAGAUAAAAGCUCCAAUCCUUCCAUUCAUCCCAACAAUAACAACAUUGCAAUCGGUAUAAAAACUAAUGGUUCUCUGCCCAGAGAGCGUAAACAAGGUGUUCUCAAUCAUGUCAACGCGGCUAUCAUAAAACAACAAACUUUGCAGAACAUUGUCAGCGACGUGAAUCCGGGAUUCGGUCUUGACGAUAAUUUUAGAUUGGAUUCAACGAAUGUCGCAUCCGUUAUGUCCUCUCGUUCUUUCCAGGGGGGAGAUGUGCCUGAAAAUUCUCCAAAAUUGAUCACAUCUAGUCCUUACGAACAUUAUUAUAAUUAUCAGGAAUCUUUUUCUUCGCCAGUAAACGCAUUAGCGGGCGUUAACUAUGAUCUUAGCGAAAAUUAUCCAGUUUCUAUAUCACCUAUCAAAGAAGAUACAAUAAAUGAUGAAUUUCACCAAUACGUAAACAAACUAAGCAACGAACGGAACGAAAUAUUGAAAUUCGUGAUAGCCUCAAAGCACCGUUUGAUCCAAUUACAGGCAUUGGAAGAUGAAACUUUUCAUCAACUUGUAUUAGAAAAAACUAUGCUUGAAAAAGACCGAAAUACCGAGAUGGAAAAUUUGUUUAAAGAACAAAGGGAAAUCGGCGAAUACCAAAAAAUAGGAGAAGAGUAUAUUCAAAGUUUGGAGCGACAAAAAGAUGAAAAAUUAAGGCAUCUCAACAAAUUGAAGGAAAAUAUUGAAAAGAGUAACAAUAAAAAAGAAUCAACAAAACCUUCCACGCAUCGAAACGAUAUCUCGAGCGAUAAACAUGAAUCUCCAUUAUCUGCCCUUGAUGAUUCACAACAAUAUGAAGAUUUAGAAUUUCAGGUUUUUGAGAUGGAAUCCAAGAUAGAAGAAGAGAGAGAGAGGAUAAAGGAUAAAAUCUUAUCUCAAAAAGAUAGAUUCCUGCAAAAAUAUAAAUAUACGCAAGAUAAAUUGGCUAAAUUAGAACCCAAUCACAUCAACAACUUUGAAAAAUUACGGACUAAUAUGGAAAUCAUAAAGGAAGAAAAAGAAAAAAUCAAUAAUAUAAUAGCAAUCGAAACUAAGAAAUUGGAAUUACAAGACUCGCUUAUGAAAAAAUUUCUAAUAUCCGAGCCAAACGAUUUUAAACAAAUGAACGACACGCAGAAAUCUGAUCAUUUGUCGCCUAAAAACAAUCUUGAGUCACAAAUUUUCAACAAAUCUCAAAGCCUAAACCGAUCUCCGCUUAAUGCUUCAAUUACAAACGAAGAACCCCUUUUUCAAAGCCAAGUUCUCAAUAAUAAAUUGAUGGAGACGAAUCAAGAAGAACUCUUGAGGAAACGUGCUUCCGAGGAAAUAAAACAUUUUUGGAAGAAUCUCGCCUCUUCUCCACCCCACAAUAACCAUGUUUACCACUUAAACGAUAUGAAUUAUUCUCCCUGCAAAGACAACUCUCUCCUUAAUAAUUCAAUCAACGGUUACGAUAAAAAAUCAAAACCGAGAAAUCGUAAUCACACUCAUGAAAAAACUAGUCUACUUUGUAAACCUUUGCCCGAAAAGUGUGCCAACUCAUUGUUGGAUUCGAAGAUUGAAGAAGUCAUGUUAUCCUUACAAGGAAUUCGAGGCAUUAAAUACCCGCUUCAUUCGCCAUCCAAUUCAAUUAAAUUUAAUCAUUCAAUCGUAAAUGGAAGAAAUACAAGGACUUCUUUAUUCAGAAAACUUUCACAAGAAUCUAGAGAAUACAGAGAAAAUCUUUCCCUCAUGUCCAAAUCACUGAUUGACUCAACGACCAUCGAUUCUCAGCAACAGCUACUAGAUACAACGAGGCCAUCUCAUUGCGAAAAUAAGGACUUUUCUCAAACACAAAACGAUAAUUUUUACGAUUUUAACACUCUGCCACUAAUUCACUUAGCCUCGACCUCUACACUUAGUAGCCUGUCUCCACCUUCUUCAACUUCCAACUCUUCUAACAAGGAGACAGUUAAUCUUAGUAAUAGAGAAACUGCAAAAAUUUUAUUAUCUUCAACCAAUAACGUAUCAAGAAAAAAUGUUAAUGUGCUGAGCCCAAGCGCUCAUCUUCUUAACGAUUACGAUAGCAAAGAAACAGAAAAGAGUGUCCAAUUGCCUUAUAACAACGAUUAUUUUAAUCAAUACUUUAGCAGUAAUCCCUCUAUGCCACACCUUUAUCAAAGAUCUGGCAACAGUUUUAACAACAAUAAUUAUGAUGCCCAUCAAAACGACCCUGCUCGUUUUAACGAUUUAACAUAUGCCUCGAAAGGAAGCUGUAAUAUUGCAAUUACUCGUCCAUGCAUCACAGAUUUAGUGAGUUACGUGAACAACAUAGGUGGGCAUAGUUUGGAGAGGCACGAAAAGUUGAUUGGUGUCACUAAGACUUGUGCUAGGGGAUAUUUAUUCAAAUUAAGCUUCAAAUUUAAGAUAUGGCAAAAACGGUGGUUUGUAUUCGAUAAACUUAAACGAAACAUCACAUACUACGUUGAAAAAUCGGAAUUGAAGCCGAAAGGUGUCAUUUAUUUCCAAGCCAUCGAAGAAGUUUACACAGACCAUGCUUCGAGUUACAAACCUCCCACCCUUGAAACAUCCUUUUGCUUAAAGACUUACGAAAAAUUAUACUACUUAUGCACAGCUUCGUCAGAGAUUUCAAGAAUAUGGGUCGAUCUACUGAGCCUAGGAAUCGAAGGGCGAAAUGUUUACAACUCUUAAAAAACAUUUUUAUUAUAGUAUAUAUGCGCUAUUUUUUUAGAGGAACUACUAAUUAUUUAAACAAAUAUUUUAUAUUUAAAUAUAUUAUACCUUUGCUGGGUUAUAGUAUUACCCUAUCCCCUAAAAUUCAUAUAAAUUUUUUUGAGUGAGCGACUUAAUUUGAACAUCUAUAAAAAUUAGAGCAAAUCCGAUCAUGCCCUGCAAUUUUUUAAAAUUCCUUUGUUAUAAUAUAAUUAUCUUAACAUUUUAUGUAUUCUAUAUAUUUUGCGUGAACGUGCUGCCGUGAAUAUCACUAAAUUUGCACUCAUUUUGUGAAAAAACUUGUUUUCACUAUAAUACUAAAGGUUUAAUGAUACACCUAAUAUUUGACAAAUUUUAUAUAAAAAAGAUAUAUGAUAAUAUUCUAUAACCAUAAAUAUCUGAUAAAAUGCAUUUAGCAAUCGUUUAUAUUAAAAAAAAACUAAGCUCAAAAAAUUUAUAAAUUUAUACUUUUUGAUUACGGGAAUUUUUACUAUUUUUUUUAAAAAAAUAUAUAAAACAAACAAUUAAUCCCUUUUUUUUUAUAUUGAAAAACGUUUUUAUAACGGAAUAUUUCUUACUUUAUAUUCCUAUAUAAUUUUUUUAUAUAUUUAUUUUUACCUUGUGACA